AUGCCCGGUGAUAUUUCAUAUGAUAUCUGCGUUAUUGACGAAAACAACAUUCAAGAAACAAAUGUAGUUGAACUUGAGCGGCUCACGGAAUACGAAUCUUCUGAAGCACAACUUUCACCUUCUGAAGAAGAGGCAACAUCUACGUGUUCUUCAACAAGCAAACGAGACAGUUUAAACGGUGGAUACAUUCCUAAUAACGAAGAAAAACAAGCCCAAAUGGCAAAGCAAAAGCUUCUCACACGAAAAAGCCACUCUACAUCUGAAAUCGAGACCAGUGGAGCACACCUGCAGGUGAAGUAUCAGUUGGAAACGACUGAAACAAGAUGCUCAGCUGUGUAUCGAAAAAUUUCUCCUCAAGUAUUGAUUAGAACCAUGUUGGAAAUGACAGAAGAGGAGUUUGCGAAGAAAUAUUCGCUUUAUGAUUGUAGAUUCUCUUACGAAUUUAAUGGAGGUAGUAUUAAGGGUGCUAAAAAUCUUGAUGACCCAGAUAAAGCGCGCGAAACUUUUUUCGAUGAAGAUGGUAAUAGAAAAUCAGACACGACACCAAUUUUUUUCUGUGAAUACAGUCAAAAAAGAGGUCCACGCAUGGCUGAUACUCUACGAUCAACUGAUCGGUUCCUCCAUCCAGAAAUGUAUCCUCAAUGUGCCUAUGAGGAGAUUUACGUUCUGAAUGGAGGGUAUAAAAACUUUUUCAGUUGCGCUCGAGCGUUGAGUGUAUCGAAUAAGUUGUGCGAUCCUGAUAAUUAUGCAGCUAUGGAUGAUCCAAAAUUCGCUGAAGAAUUUGAAAGCCAGCAGCUAUAUAAGAAACUGACUAAGAGAAUUCUGUCUAAACCUUCUAAAUCAAAAACGACAUCUUUGAGAAAAACUGCUAGCAGUUCUUCCUGUUUCUUCAAGCAACGACUUGUUUAA